AUGGCUGAAGCUCAGAUCGCCGACGAGGCUGGUGCAUCACCCGUGUUUUGCAGUCAGAAUGUGACUGCUGCUGGCCCAUUUCAUUAUCAAAUUGACGGUAAUAACUUGGUUGCUGAUGUUACCUGUAACGGUUGCAACAGCCUUUUGGGUUGGAAAUAUGUAAGAGUGCCACAGAGAAACUACGCAGUUCAGCCCAGAAGAUUCCUAUUGCAGUUGAACAAGCUUCUGAUGUGGGAUGGAAAGAACAUGUUGUAUGCAGAUACACGGAUGGUUACAUUCCACCAAAUUCCAAAUGCCCGUUUCUUCCUCUCCCGUCAAUGCAAUACCCACAUUGCCUUGAAUGAAGAUUUUAUGAUUAGAAUCCCAGUAAAAUCUCUCUCUCUCUCUACGCACUAGUUAAUAAUAACAGAAGUCAGCUAA